AUGGCAGCAGUCUUGUGUGGCGAGCGCAUGCCCAGAGGAUUGUGCUGCCUCACCGUCACGCGCUGGAUUGUAGCAACCGUGGUGGCUGCGCUCGCCGUUACCGUCCUCCUGCUGGUGCUCACCGUCGGCCUCAGGAAAGAGAGCAUGAUUGUCUCGGUCCACCACGGGCAUUUCCAGGUAGCCAAGGAUCUGUGGUCGAUCGAUGAUUCCUUCAAUCUCGAGCAUUAUCCAAAUCGCCAAAAGAUGCCUCCGGUGUCGGCUCCGGCUCCGAUGUUCGAUCGGAAAUAUACUCUGGCAGGGUAUAAAGCAGCAAAUCAGGUGGACAUCUGGGUGAGCAUGGACUUCAAAACCCCCGGCUGCAACGGCGUCCCCAACCGCCGCCGCGGCAAAGUGGUGGUCACUGCCGUCACAAUCUUCGACAUGCCCAAUGCGCCCUCCUUCCUAGGGAUGGUGCAGAUCGCCACUCUCAUCGAGUCCAAUCCGAGAGAAGUAUGCCCCUUCUACCGCGGCGUGGUGGACAGGUGGAUCACUAUCACCAACAACAACACGCUAGACUACAUUGCCAAGACAUAUGGAGGGAGGAGCGAGUUCACAGCCAUGUUGCAGGUAGACACCACGACGACAACCGACGAUAUCACAGCGAAGCCGAAGCACGACACCCACUAUUGCUGGCCAGUGACUAUUGGUCACAGCAGCCGAAGCACCACAGCGGAGCCGCUCACUUGCAAGCACAGCCGUGGCAUCAACUACACCGCUGGUGCUGCAGUCCUGGGGCCACCACCACCACCACCUCCCAGCUCGCCGCCACCGCCGCAAAUUUGUGAACUUUGUGGACAAAAUUAA